AUGAGGCGGGCAUCGAGUCCGGCCGCCGGAUCCGCUGCAGCGUCGGCGGCGGCACUGCUGUUGCGCACCACCGCUACCUCCACGACCGCGAUGACCACCUGCAGCACAAUGGGUACGACCGGUUCGACUUCGGCGACGCCCGGCUACGAACAGUACCAGAAGUCUCUGUUGGAGGUGCCAUGGCCACACGCCGAGUACGGUGAGGCGUCCAGCGACGAUCUGAGCUCCGAGUGGGACUCGGACGUGCCCGAACCGCCGCCUAAUUCAAAGCAUUCCGGAUGGCGAAAAUUGAGAAACAUUGUUCAGUGGACGCCGUUCUUUCAAACUUACAAAAAACAGAGGUAUCCGUGGGUACAGCUAGCCGGACACCAAGGCAAUUUCAAAGCCGGUCCGGAACCUGGUACGAUCCUCAAGAAACUUUGUCCCAAAGAACAGUUGUGCUUCCAAGUGCUGAUGAAGGACGUUCUGAGACCGUACGUGCCCGAAUACAAGGGCCACUUGACUACAGACGACGGAGACCUAUAUCUUCAGCUAGAAGACUUGUUGGGUGACUUCACUUCGCCGUGCGUCAUGGACUGCAAGAUCGGCGUCAGGACGUAUCUGGAAGAGGAACUGGCGAAAGCCAAAGAGAAACCCAAGUUGAGAAAAGACAUGUACGAAAAAAUGAUUCAGAUAGACCCCAACGCACCAUCGGAGGAGGAACACCGACUGAAGGGUGUGACAAAACCGAGGUACAUGGUUUGGAGGGAGACGAUUUCGUCGACGGCCACGUUGGGCUUCCGGAUCGAGGGGAUCAAGAAAAGCGAUGGAAAAUCGAGCAAGGACUUCAAGACGACAAAGAACCGGGACCAGGUGAUCGAAGCGUUUCGAGAUUUCGUCGCCGGUUUCCCGCACGUAAUCCCCAAGUACAUAAACCGACUGAGAGCGAUCAGAGACAUACUGGUGAACUCCAAGUUUUUCACUACGCACGAGGUGAUCGGCAGCUCGCUGCUGUUCGUGCACGACAGCAAGAACGCCAACAUAUGGCUUAUCGACUUCGCAAAGACGCUCAUACUUCCGCCGGACAUCCGGAUCAACCACACGUCCGAGUGGGUGGUGGGCAACCACGAGGACGGUUACCUGAUCGGUAUCAACAACCUGCUGGACAUAUUCACCGAUAUGAACGCCGCCACCGCGUUUCCCGUCACGCUCAUCGAAGUCACGGCCCCGUCCGAAGUCACCUGA